AAUGCGCUGUCUGUGCUUCCAGGCGAUAACGUAACGCGCUGUUUUCAAAGCUUGCGAGAGAAAGUCUCUUCCCAUAUCCAGCUUUUAAAAACAAAUUGCAGCAACAAUGGGUGCUAGAGUAGAAUUGUUGCAAAUCAUUCAGAGAGAAGACAGCCAGGCGCUUGUCAGCUUUGUACAAAAUGGAAGCUUGAAACAAAAUGACCUCUCAGAAGUUUUAGCAGAAUGCAGUAGGCGUUGCCUUGACGACAUGUGGGAAGGUCUACGCAGGAUGUCCACUGGGGUUCUGCUGGAUGCUGAAAUGGAAGAGAAUGAUAAGAAUAAAGAAAAAGAAAAGAUAUUGCUUAUUAGCAGUGUAGCUCAGUUAGCCAUUGCCACAAUCCAUGUGCAAGAAGUCAUCAUUCCACAGUCCCUCAUUGAUACAGCAACCAUUUUUCAUGAUAUUUUGCCGUUGUUGCCUGAUGAAGCUGAUAGCAUCAAGAACCGACUAGCUCAGCUAUUUGAAACUUGGUGGCGACUGGAACUGGAAGGUCGAGAAAGAGUGGUUCCAAACACUUUGCUUUAUUUGCUGGAGAGAAGCUUGCAAGCGAAAUGCACUGCAGCAGAUGUGAAGGUGGUUUGGCGUCUGCACUCAGUUCUUCCAAUGAUCAACUUUGAUGACGACAGCUCAGGGCCUCUCAAGAACUUGCUUGGAAGAUGCUGCUCUUCCUACCAAUACCUAAAGACUGAUGAGGGUCGACGUUUCCUGUCCUUUGCCUUCACAGUACAUGAAGGAUUGGUGGAGUGUUUGCACAAGGCCAUCAAGAAUCAAAUGCCAUUUGCACCCAAAUCAUGGCUGCCACUGUAUGGAGAGGUAUACUAUCGGGCCUGGCAAAGAAGCACAGAUACAGUGCAGCAGAUCAUUGAGAGAGACUGCAUCCAGGACCUGAUGAACCAUGCAGUUCAUGCUUCCAGAAAUGGAUGUCAGGCCAUGUUUCCCAUUCUCUUCAAGGUACUGAGCUACUUACACCGACAAAAAAAGCAGCGCGGAGUCGAUGCUAUGCUGCUGAGGCUGUAUGAACCAAUCUUGUGGCGGUCUCUCAGUGUCCCCAACACAGAUGUGCGAACUAACAGUGCCAGUCUGCUGUUAGAUGCUUUCCCACUGCAGAAUCCAGACUCCACUGCAGAGGAGGUGGACUUAAUGCUGCAGAAGCAGUUUGACUUAAUGCAGCGACUACUGGCUGACCCAUGUCCAGUGGUGAGGGCAGUUACUGGAGAAGGAGUGUGUCUGUUAAUGAGUGAGUAUUUGGACAUGCUUCCUGUUGAAGUGGUGCAGACAUUGUUGCGACGCUUGCUGCAGGAGUUGGUGUGGGAUGCAUCUUCGCCGUCUGUACGUCUAGCUGUUGUCAAGGGCAUCACAGCGAUGCUGGAAAACCCCUUGUGCCACUUUCUGCUAAAACCACUCCUGCCUCGUCUCUCUUACUGUCUCCAUGACAAUGCCGAGGUCGUCCGUUUGGCCAUGAUGAAGCUUUUGCUGAAAGUCAAGAGCAUCCGCGCCAUCAAGUACUGGAACAUCUGCCCAAUAGAACACCUGCUGGCACGGUUAGAGGUUGACUCACAGCCCAUCGUUCGGCGUAUUGUGGAGCUGCUGUUUCCAUCCUUCAUGCCUCUUGAUCAAAGUCCACAAGAGCAGAUUCUCCGCUGCAUCACGCUUAUUGAGUCCAAUCCUGGUGCUGCCAGGGUCUUUUGGCUGAAUGUACCCAGCCACAUGACUUUGACUGACACAGUGAAGUUCAUGGCUCUGGUCUGUCGGUAUGUGCUGGAGAGUGUCCGUCAGAUGGGUCAUGAUAGUGACGAUGGCACUGAUACAUCUCCAUCUGGCAGCAAGAGGAAGUCGAGUAGAGACGUUGGACAGCAGGAAGAGCAGGCAGCAGAAAAAAACGAAGAUGAAGAUCAGAACUUGUCUGCUGAGGUCCUACAGGGAUUGCUCGAGGUUAUCUACCUCAUGUGGACUGCAGUGGCCAAACAACUGGAUGCUCGUGAGAAUAUGAACAUCAAACAGUCCUUAAUGAAAAAGCUGAGUGUGAUGAUACCAGACGUGCUGAAAAUUACCCAGGAACCAAGAGUGGUGUCACUUGUGAUUGAGCUAGCAGGACACCUACCACCAAAAGCAGUGCCUAGUAUCAGUGUCACCUGCCUAUCAAAACUUCGUAACUUGACAAAUGAUAGUGGAGCAGGGGAGUGCACAGAGUUGCUGGAAGCUAUGUGUCGGUGGGAGCGGGCUUCAGAAAUUUUACAGAUGAUCAGCGAUUGGCUGAAGGAUUUCCUCAUGCCAACAGAGGCACCACAAGCUGUUCCAAGCAAAAAGGGUGGUGCAGCUAAAAAACGUGUACAGAUCUUGGCACCAGAGGAAAAUGGUCAUCCUGACUUGGCCAUUAACUACUUGUCUACAAUGCUACGAUCUUCUGUUUGCAAGCAGAUGUUAAUGGAGCACCAUCUUCAAGAUUGUGACAAGCUGAACAGACUGUUGUCGCAUGUUCUGGUGGUGAUAAAGAAACAGCUACAAUGUGAAAAUUGUCCAGAAUCUGCAGAUGUUGACAAUAGGAUCCUUGUUGAACAGAUCUUGUCUUUGCACCUGAGGAUGUCUGUGCUGCUUCACAGACCAGAGGAACACUGUGCUGACUGUGUGAUCCACAUGAAGAGCAUUUUGGAGUGGGGAAAGGAGUCACUCCUUCCAUGUAUUGGUGCACUACCUGCUUGUAAGUCUGGGGAUGGGUAUCUUGAGGGAGAAAAUCAGCUCAUUUCUACUGCUGAGAACUGGGAGUGGAGGAGCAAAUUAGCUUCCAACUGCAUCGUGACUAUUUUGGACAUAUGCUGUAACAUGCUGAUGGUUGGGUUCGGAGACAAGGAGUUUGCCAUGCAGCUUAGCUCCUUCUGCAAGGACAUUUUAUAUACAGCUGAAGAACUGCGACUCGUUGAUGGUGUGCUGAGUGUUCUAUAUCAGAUGGUACUGUUUGAAGAUCUGUUGGCCAGUGGAGAUGUCAGCAACAGCAUGACUCACAUCAUGACAGCUCUGAACAUGUGCCUUCGAAGACCAAGCAACAGAGAGCCGAGGGCAUGCUAGACAUCAAAAGCAAGCUGUGUGGCAUUGUGUCCUGCUUGUUGAACACACAACACUCUUCACCAGACAUUUGUGAAGGAGAGUGUGACCAGACGGCCAAAUCCCUGACCUCAACCUUGCUGGGUGCCAUGCUGGAGGACCUUCAUCACACAAGCAUUAAGGACGGUCUUCCGGAAAACAUUCAAGAUAGUCCAGAGCCUCUGCCACCCUUGUCAGCCUGUAUCUUGAAGGCCCUCAGUAGCACAGCUGCCUCUUGCAGACUCCUUGUGCAGUCGUUGGAAGACAGGAUGAGGUCAGACACAAUGACCCACCCUCACAUAGUUCAUGCUGCAGUCCAUUUGCUGGUCACUCUUCAUGCUUCUCGUGUAUUCUUGAGACAUGUGAAGCUGAGCGAGUGCAUUGCAGCAGCUACAGCAAUGGUGCAGCGCAUCAGAGAAUCUGAAGCUGAUCAUCACAUGGAUCCAGAUCUGCAUAGGGAACUCCUGAUCCAAAUAGAAACUAAAUUCCAGCUGAUGAAAAGCAAACAGCCUGAAAACUCCACCUCAUAAUCCUGCACUGAACAGCUGGCUUUAGAGUUAAAACUGGCCUCUUUGUGGUGUAGGACAUGGAACAACUUAUAGUCUACUUGAUUUCUGUAUGUACCGGCUGUGUGUCACAGACUGAAAACACAUAUGAAACAAACUCUUCAUCUUUCCAGUCACUGUCAGCUAUAGUGUAACCCAGCCUUUAAGACAGAUGAUGCUAUAGUCUACAAGUUCCUCUUGUUUCCAAGUUUUCUUUGAAGUGGGCUGUCAGUGGUCACGCUACUUCACUAGAGUAGUGGCAAGGGUUGGAGUGGGAAGGGAGAGCAGCAUAUACUCAGAUGUUUGGUCUUAUAGACUGCAGACACAAGUUGGUAAGGGUUCCAGCUUUAUGAAAACUGGCUGAAAAGAAUUUUGUAUUUCAGAUUUGUUAUUCCAUCAAUAUGUGGUAUUUUCAUUUAUAUUGUUUGAUGUGGGAUUUUGUUUGUUUCUUUGCCUUUUUUUUUCUUUUUUGUUGCAAUAUGAAUGGAUCAAUUAAGCCCUUCACAAGUCAGUCGCUGUUAUUUUCCUGGCAGUCUGCUCUGUAUGAAGCAUCUGUUUACAGGACUAGCUGCCUUGCUAUGAUUUAGUUGCUGGAGUAAAACACCAAUCCUCCCCCUCUUCCUAGCAGCCUGUUUAAGAGAAAUGUGGUCCUCGAAUCUGAAAUUCUACUUUUUGCCAAUUAGCCAUGUUUGUAGGUAUGCCUGCAUGAGUGUACAUGUAUCUCUGUGUGUGUUUUGUUUAUUUUUUUUGUUAAAUUAUAAAUAAGUUUUUGCACUGCCUACUCUCAGUAGAGACAUCAAUAAAAUCUUCAGGCUGUGAAAUAAAAGUCAAAUACUAUCACUUAUAACAUGUUACUAAUCUUGAAAUAUUUUUGGAUCUGUUACUCUUCAUGUUUAUUAUUUCUUCAGCAUCCUGAAUAAUUCUUAUUUACCUUGGCAAGGAUAGCAGAGUUCAUUCAGUCUGCUCUCUUGAUUUGAACUGCCCAUGUUUAGAAAGUCAAGUCUCUUACCCUCUAACAUUACAGACCUUUAUCACUCCAAAACACACAUUACAGAUCUUCAGCUCCUCAGCAAACAUACAGACAUAACAGACUCUAAAUCCAUUAUGCAACAUUACA